UCACCCAUCAGAGCUUCAGGAGGGAGGUGCUGCUCCUUCUUAUUCCCUGGAUAUUAAACCCACAUUCUCACCCUGGAUAUUACCCACGUUUAGUGCUAGCCGUGUGUAGUGACCAGUGCUAUGUGAUAUGUGUUUGUCUCCCGCCAAGGAGAGUGAAGAAAAGCCCCAGGAUAAAAAAUUGAAACUCUGGAAUACGGUGUGAAUGGUUAGCGUAAUGAGUGUGAGGGACAAUGGGGGUGAGACAGUCACUCCCACAAUGGAAACUGCAUCAACAGUGGCAGGAAUGACAGGCUCCUCCCAGCCUGACACCACCAGCCUCCCUACUGCCUUGACCCCCAAGGCAGUAGACCCCACUGAGAACCUUCUCUUUCUACAGACCACUGCUGCCCAGGCAAUAGCUGGAGCCUUUGUAUGGGCAGCACUUCUCAUCACCUGCCAUCAGAUAUACCAACACCUUCGGUACUACAGCAACCCAGCUGAGCAGAGAUGGAUUGUGCGGAUUUUGUUGUUCGUGCCUAUAUAUGCAUUUGAUUCCUGGCUCUCCCUACUUUUCUUCAACAAGGACAAUUAUUAUAUUUACUUUGAUACUGUCAGGGACUGUUAUGAAGCAUUUGUAAUCUACAACUUCUUAAGUCUUUGCUACGAGUACCUAGGUGGUGAAGGGAACAUCAUGAGUGAGAUCAGAGGGAAACCUAUUAGAUCGUCAUGUAUGUAUGGAACAUGUUGUCUUGUUGGGAAGACAUACACAAUUGGGCUUCUUAGGUUCUGCAAGCAAGCCACACUUCAGUUCUGUUUGGUCAAGCCUCUUAUGGCAUUUAUUACUAUAAUUUUGCAGUUCCUUGGCAGAUACCAGGAUGGUGACUGGAGUCCUGAAGGUGGUUACCUCUACAUCACCAUAAUAUACAACAUCUCAGUGUCACUGGCCCUGUACAGUUUAUUCCUCUUCUAUUUUGCCACGAGAGACUUGCUGCAACCCUACGAGCCUCUACUCAAGUUUUUUACCAUAAAAUCGGUCAUCUUUUUAUCGUUUGGCAGGUGAGUUCUCUUGGCUAUUCUUGAAAAGGGCAAAGUUAUUGAGGGUAACCCCAACCUCAACAAUGGCACAGUUUCCGCAGGCUACCAGAAUUUUAUCAUUUGUGUAGAAAUGUUCUUUGCUUCAGUGGCUCUUCGUUAUGCCUUCCCUUACCAAAUCUAUGGCGACUUUACUGUGACUGGGCCUGGCCGCAGCGUUACUAUGCAGAGCAUUUCAUCCUCGCUGAAGGAAACCAUGAACCCCAAAGACAUCAUGACAGAUGCAAUCCACAACUUCCACCCUCAGUACCAGCAGUACACACAGUACAGUGCAGGCGAAGGAGGCCGGCCGACACAGGUACUCACGCAGAGCCAUGAUAUGGAGGAACUUCGACCUGAUCUUUUACCCGUGUCCACCACCACUGCUAACACUGGGGCCUUUGGUACCAGUCCCACUACCAUCACUACUGCAGCACCUACUAAUGUUGGUGGGAUUGAUGGUGGCAAGGUGGUGGACUCUGGCCUCAGUGUCAUCUCUACUGCAGUGCCGUCGCAGCAGCUUGUGAGACUUCCCCCACCACCCUCUAAAGGAGGAACUACAAGAGGCUCUGGCCAUACUGCAGUAAGCACAUACGAUGCUGAUGAGGUUCCAAGGUCGAAUGGGAGCAAUGGAGUGGCAGUAGGAGGCAUUGGAAAUGGCAAUGGAGGUGGAAUAGGUGGGAGAGUUCAAAACGGUGGGCGGAAUGGCAACGGAAGAACUGCAUAUAAUGAGAAGACUAUGUUGCUGAGUUCUGAUGAUGAGUUUCAGUGAAAAGUUGAGAAAUUCAACCUAGGUUGGGAAGAUUAUCAUUCCUCUAGUGUGCAACAACAACAGCAGCAGCAGCAGCAGCAGCAGCUAGUUAUUCUUACAAAGCAUCUCCAGAAGUUCAUCAUAUGUAGUCAUUUACAGCAGUGCAAAUAUAUGAUACACUAUUGUAUCAAAUUUGUGAUGGAUUCAGAUCUUGAAUCUUGAGAGUAACUGGGCAGUUGCCAGUGUGUGCGUGUGUUUCGCUAAUAUUGGUGCUCAUUAAGAAAUUGGAGCCGUGCAGGGAAGGCACAUUCACUGAACUAUACCAAAAUAGGUAUUUUUUAUUUUAAGUCUUUGAGGAGACUUUACAGCACUAGUGUGGACCAUUACUAUAUUUUGUUAAUUUAUUCAAUUAAUUUUAGCUUGAUACUGUAGUUUACUGAGCCUCACCAGCAGUUGCUAACAUAUUUGAUACUUCUAAAAUCUGAUUAUUGUGUCAAGCUUUUUUAUUUAUUGAGGAAAAUUAAACUUUUAACUAUUGCAAAAAAAAUAUUUGCUUUCUGAAUAAAAUGCCUAUUUUUUCAGUAGAAAAAUUAUCAUUGGAUUUAAAAGAUUAUUUAGGGGAAAGUCUUAAACAGGGGUUAGACAACACCUGGAAAAAGGGAAGGCCAUUAAGUGUGAUCCAGUACAGGGAAAGACAGGUUCAAUUGAUUGCAUCAAGAACGUCUCACUGGCAGAUCUUAAAGAUUGAUCCCAGUAAAUAACAGUUUGCAAGUGUUAUUUUUUUCUUAUUGCACUGCCUCUUUAAUGUGGAAAAGUGGUGACCAACCAUCAGACUAGUCAGUGAUCACACUGCUUUUUAGCCAGGAGGUUAACGCCUCCACUAAUAGCACUCCGCAACACAAGGGUUUAGUGCUUCAUGAAUGCCAAUGCAUUUUACACAAAGCAGUUGCAUAUAUGAAUAGAUGAUUAUAAUCAUGGAUAAGUAAUAAUAAAGCAUGCACAUCUUUAUCAUAACUUCUUGUGCUUAUCCAAUGGGACACUUGUAGAAUGCUGGAGCCUCGCUCAUCUGACAUAAUUCAGUGGUAGGGUUAUGUACUGUAGCUUACAUAGCCUGCAAGACUGAAUAAAAAAACUGGUACACUUCAACAAGAUUCCUGGAACUUUAUUCUAGAGCAAUUUGUGGACAGCAACCAUCCUGUUGUGAGUGAACUGGAGGCCUAUCAAAUAUUUGGAUAUUUUGGCAGGAUUGCUCUUUUUCUUCAUCUCGUUAACAUAUGAGAUGGCUGGUAAAUCUUAUGAAGCUUCUACUUCCAUACAGUAAAUGUUGUUUCUUUCCAUUUCCUAAAUCAGUAGCCCUUAUUUCUGCAGUGUUUCUUUUCCAAAGAUGGAGGCCUGGUCUGAUCCCAGGCUCGAGAGUCAGUGUUCCCUGUAAUCAUUAACACAACAGUGAUAUGGAUAAAAGCGGCAGGGUUAACAAAAACUACAAUAUAACUAAUGUCAAUAAAUAUUAAAUUUUAUUAUUAACAAAGUAAUUAUUACUUGGUAUUGUCAAAUUAAAAAGCUUGAUUUUUGUAUAUUAACUAUUGAUGAAUUAUAGGCGAGAUUUGUUUAUAAAAGUCGUGCUAAAAAUUUAUGAGCAAACAAAACAGUUCGGUGGAGUUGUUGAUAUUUUAUAACCUUGAACCUGUGGUCUAGGAUUGCCAUUCACCUUUUAACCAUGGUACUAAGUGCCAGGUUACUAGUUGCAGAUGAGUCUAGAUGCCUGUUGCUCCAUUGAAAUACAGUCAAGUACUUGAUGUCACUGAAGAUUUGGUGCAUGAUGUUUUGCAGUGUGGAUAGAAACUUCAGUGUUUAUAGACCCUACUUGUAUCACUGCUGUCUUGUUGGUAUGCAUUAUUUUGCUUGCCAAGACACUUUUUUUCAUAUUGAGUCUGGUGUCCACUAAACUCAAUAAUUUAUUAAGAAGAAGCUUCAGGGGUGUAUGUUAAAAAUACAGAAUGAUUCUAACAAAUGUUUAACAUAGUAUCUCCAGGUUAGUAGAUGUCUAUGAAAAAACUGUCCUAAAAUAGCGAUAUUUAAGAAGUAAAUGCCUAUUGAUGCAUAUACACUUGCCUGUGUUUGGUAAAGUGAGAUAUAUUUUACUGUUAAAGCAACCUUUUUGCCACGGUAAAUAUUCUGUAAUAACUUCGGUUAUUGCAAAUACUGAUUAUACUGCAUUACCUCUUACUUCGAGAGGUUAUGCUACAGGAGGCAUUGCUCUCUUAUAUAUGUAUGUAAAAGCUUAAUGCUGCAAGGAUUAUUCCAUUUGUGAUUAGAGUUCUGCAUGAUUUGAUUUCGGAAGGUAAAAUAAUUGGACCCAACACGUCUGUGGAAUUACAGUGGAACCUCAAAUUUUGAACUUAAUCCAUUCCAGGAGCUAGUUCUAAAUUCAAAAAGUCUGAAAAUCAAAGCAAUAUUUCUCAUAAGAAAUAAUGGAAAUACAAUUCCAGAAACCCAAAAAUAUUCACAAAAAAAUACAUUUUAUAGAGGUUAAUUACAGUUUUACAUACACAAAACAAAUACUAUUGUGUUCAAUUAUGUAUAUAAAUAUAAAAUAACAUUUUUACUUCCCUUUAUUGGUGAUGGCAUCUGGAAGAUAGGGAGGAGGAGAGAGGGAGUUGGGGUUAGUGUUUGGAAGAAGAAUCCCCCUCCAUGAGGACUUAAGGUAAAGCCCUCUCUGGGGUUACUUCCCUUCUCUGUCUUUUAAUGCCACUAGGACCAGCUUGAGUCACUGGACCCCUGUGUCACAAAAUAACUGUCCACAGUCCUCUGUUUCUAGUGCCUCUUUAACAUUUCCCUAAAAUGGGACAUGGUUCUGUCACUGAACUUGUUGCAAAGAUGGCUUGUUUCAGCUUGCUCAGGGUGGUAUUUCCCCACAAACAUUUGGACAUGAUUCCACUUGGACAUCAUUCCACUUCUGUAUUUCCUUCUUCACAUCUAUGGUGUUUCUCACUUUCUUUACCGCAGGGGUACCACUAGCAAGUUUCUUUGGGCCCAUGGUAGUUUAUUUCACAGUCCCACAAGCACUAAACACAAUGAAAUAAUCGUUAAAUGUUUGAAAGAGAGUGCAGGUUAGCGUUCACUCAAGCAUAAACAAAGCCAGACUGGCUCACGGCGCCUGCGUGGGGACGUGGACAGAGCGGGCUGGUGGACAGGUCCAGUACCCGGUGGUCCGAAAAUAGGGGCGCGUUCGAUAACAGGGGCAAAGUUGGUUCGAAAAAAGGGUUCUAUUUUUGAAACGUUCGAUAUGUGAUACGUUCGAAUUUUGAGGUCCCACUGUAUUAAGGAUUUUCCUUGAUUUUUUUUUUUUUUUCGCUGGUCGCUACUAAAUCACUCUUCCUGCUCCGUGAGCUUUGUCAUACCUCUUCUUAAAACUAUGUAUGGAUCCUGCCUCCACUACAUCACUUUCCAGACUAUUCCACUUCCUAAAAACUCUGUGACUGAAGAAAUACUUCCUAACAUCCCUGUGAUUCAUCUGAGUCUUCAACCUCCAACUGUGACCCCUUGUUGCUGUGUCCCAUCUCUGGAACAUCCUGCCUCUGUCCAUCUUGUUGAUUCCUCUCAGUAUUUUGUGUGUCAUUAUCACAUCCUUCUUUUCUCUCCUGUCCUCCAGUGUCGUCAGGUUGAUUUCCCUUAACCUCUCCUUGUAGGACAUGCCCCUUAUCUCUGUGUCCGUGUGUGUGUGUGUAUGUGCAUGCGUGUUUAUUAAAUCUUUUUCACACAUGCCAUGGUAUGAUGGAAAAUAUAUUUAUCAUUAGUUCAGCAAAGAUGUGAUAUAAUAGGUAUUAACCCUUAAACUGUCCAAACAUAGAUCCACGUUUGCGCACGUAGCGCUCCGACCUUGAUUUUCUCCAUAAGAAAGCAUGUAAAAAAAACGUAGAUCUACGUUCGGAGCUCUAUGCAAGCGAAGGUAGAUCUACGUUUGGACAGUUUAAGGGUUAAUAAACAAGGCUAGAAAGGGAUAUUAGUUUUAAUUCAGGUUAUUGGUCUUGCUAAGAAUAUAUAUUUCAAACGUAUCUUUGUUAAUAUUUGGUAAUGUGUUGUUAAGUUAUGCAUUUUAAUAGUAAAUAUAUCAUUAAAGCAAACUGUAAUUUAGCAGUGGUGGUGCUGACUCCUUACAUUUUAUCACACUCCCAGAGCACAGGUAGACACAUCCUUGUACAUUAUACAUGCUGGUUCUUGGCAGUUAAUACACAAUGCACAAACCUUCCACUUCCCUUACUCUUGUGCUGACAAAUACCACACCAUAUCCUGCACCCCCUCAUGCACAAACAUCCCCACAUAUGCACACUGGUAAAGUGCUAGGUAAAAGGAAGAUAACAGUAAUGCCAGUAUUCAAGAAAGUGACAUGCAAAAAGCCUUGAAGUACAGACCCGUGUUUUUUUUUUUUUUUUUUUUUUUUUUUAUCACCCUACCUUUCUUCCAAGAUAGGGUGAUCUGAAAAAGAAAAACCUCUCACCAUCACUACAGUCUUGCCAGACAUGCAGAUACUAUAGCUCGGAUGACUCUCCAAACUGCAAUAUCCCCCAUCCUUCCAUGAGAGUGUAGGCAUUGUACUUAGAAAUAAAUGGUAUAAAAUGCCGACACAAUGGAAAAUAAACACAUAAGCAGUAUGUGAUCCUUUAUUGACAAUGUUUUGCCCACACAGUGGGCUUUAUCAAGUCAAAUCAACCUGGGUGAAAGGUAUGAGAGUAUUUAUAGCAUUCUCCACUUGACUCGCGUACUUUUCAUCCAGGUAGAUCUGUUUGAGACUUGAUAAAGCCCACUGUGUGGGCAAAACGUUGUCAUUAAAGGAUCACAUUAUACUGCUUAUGUGUUUAUUUUUCCAGGCACUGUACUUAUCACCUCCAGGACUCAAAUCUGGCUAAUCGGUUUACCUGAAUCUCUUCAGAAAUGUUGCCUUGCUAACACCCCAAGAGCAUGUCAGGUCAUAAAAACCCCUUGUCUCCACUCCUAUCUUAGACACACACACACCUCUUGGAUGUCCAAGCCUCUUCCUUAUAAAACCUUCCUUAGCCCCUCCCUCUAACCUUUCCUAGGAUGAACCCCCUACCCCUCCUUCCCUCCACUGCAGAUAUAUACACAUUCCAAAUCAUCCUGCUUAUACUCAGUCCUCUCUAAAAUAUCCAGACCAUCUCAAUAACCUUUCCUUAGCCCUCUGAAUAAUACUCUUAGUAACCCUGCACCUUCUAAUGUCCAAGCUACAAAUUCCCUGCAUAAUAUUUACACCACACAUUGCCCUCAGAUACACAUCUCCAGUGUUUUGAGCCGCCUCCACUGCAACAUUUAAAACCUGUGCCUUGCACUUGUGUAAGUGUUGGUACCACUAUACUCUAAUACAUUCCCCUUUUUGCCACUAUAGAUAAAGUUCUUUGUCUCCAUAGAUACGUUAAACAUAGCAUGCAAAUUGCUGAAAAAGAUCUGGAGGAGACUUUAAAUAUCUUGGUAUUGGAUUCCUUGCAGAAAACUAGUGAGGAGGACUUGGAAAUGGAAGAUAUAUAUUACCAGGUCUCUUAGAGAUGUAUAAAUCAUGGACAAAGAAAUUAAACGAGAGACUGAGGGGAAAGGCAAAUCAUAGAUUGUAAGUUUAAUAGUAGUACACUGAUCCUGUUGGGUUUAGCACUUUGUUCUGAUAGUAGCGCACACAAAUGCGAGCUAGGGGUAUAAAGACCACAAGUGCCUUCAAGGGCUCUUGAUAUAACAAAUUAGAGCUACAGUCCUCCUUGGAUCACUCUUAUUACCUCCCCUGAAGCUACUAUGCCCCGACCCCAGCCCCGUUUAGUGCUUGUCCCACGAUUAUCUCUGACCUGACCUGAUCAUACACAGUAAACAUUGCUUAAUAAUCAUUCAGCCUCUGACCUGACCUGAUCAUACACAGUAACCAUUGCUUAAUAAUCAUUCAGCCAGAAAACAUGAAAGUAUCUGGUUUUUGAACAGACUUCACUUUAACACACACGGCCAAAUGGUGAUAGCUCUAAAAAUGGACAUUAUCACCAACAACACACAUGAUUAUUAUUACCCCCACCUUCUUAGUCACUAAUAUAACUUCUCCAUUGUUUUGCAAAAAUUGUUGAACUUAAUUUUUCUCCCACUCUUGUUCCAUCUUUCACUUAAGAUCUACAACCAUCAGUUCGCUCUGUCCACUCAUGCCCUGAUUCUUCCUCUUUGGUUCUUUCCUCUUCUAGCUUUGAGUUUCCCUUUCUGUAUUCCUUGUAACAAAAUUACUUCAAAACUAAUCUCUCAUUCAGCUUCAUCGGGGCAUAAGUGAAUAGCACUGCAUGUCAGUGUUAAAGAUUGCAAAGAUAAUUCUCACAGGGACAAUGGAAACCAGACAUCAUUUCAAAAUUCACUCUCAAGAAGUGUAUACUUACCCCUAGCCUACUACAAAAUGCCAGCAUAAGAUCAAAAAUUACAUAAGACAAAUGCACUUCCUACCCAAAUUGUGAGCUUUACCUCAAGACCUUUCAUCACACUCACUCCAUGACUUUUAACAAAUGAUAAAGACCAAACACGUAUCCAUAUAUUCUUAGGAGAAAUUCUCCUCAAGGUGUAGGUCCUGGAUGCUAGUGAAAGACUUGCUCUAAGGAAUUUGACUUAUUCCCUUGACUUGAACCUGACUGGCUCCCAUUACCCAGGCACUGGAUGACCCUAUGGGUUCAGUGCUUCCCCCUAAAUUCUUGACUCAAGAAAUCGUAAUGACACGAUUGCAAACAAACCAUACCCCCGGCCGGGAUUGAACCUAAAUUCUUCUUUGAACGAACCAGCCAUAUCCCACCAAGGCAGGGCGACCUAAAAAGAAAAGUUAGUUAUACAGAAGGGGUUACUAGCCCCUUGCUCCGGGCAUUUUAGUCGCCUCUUAUGACACGCAAGGUUUACGGAGGAAGAAUUCUGUUCCUAGCGUGUUCGUCGGUUGAAGACUUUCUGUAUUAUGAAUAUUACACACAUUUCAGGAGGUCCCCAAUGUGUUUGUAAGUUGAGGACUUAAUGUAAUUGAGAGCUUUUCAAUUUAUGAGGUAAAUGUAUCAUAACUUUGUAAUUAGUUUCAAAUAUGGAUAGAGAAAUAUUUGGUUAUUUAACUUGUACUGGAACAAUAGAAAUAAAUUAGGAUGGAAUAGUAAUGGAGUUGCACAAGGAUCAUUCUUGGUACUUAUACUGUUGCUGAAAGGUACAGAUAAAAAAAAAAAACCUUACCAGUUAUUUAGAGGUCAAGCAAGUCAGCAUGUAUCAUA